CUCUGGCAGAGUCAUGCAUGCGAUGGCCCCACAGCCGCCCCGUGGAGGGACCAGGCGUAGUCAUGCCACCAUUACGGCCAGCAGCUGCAGUGCAAGGGCUGGCUGGGUGAUGAUCGCCGCGCAAGCCCUCCUCGCGCUGACCGAAAGCCGCGCCUUUCUCCUACAACCCCCCAUAUCGCCCCCGCCUACCCACCCUUCAAGGUUCAACCACUUCAGCUCCAACUCGGCGCGGAGAGCGCCGGUUGCCGCCACCCACUGCCUCACUGCCUCCAGUACAAGGAGCACAAGGACCGCGAUUCACGCGGCAGCAGCGAAGUCCAGGAGCAGCAGCGGCGGCCGCCAAGGCGACGACGAGAGCUUCGCGGAGGACCAGAGGUACCGCCGCAAGGCGAGGGGGGUCAACCUGAGGAGGGACGACGCGGGCUUGCCCUCGGAGAAGGUCUACGCUCCCCGACAGAGCGCCUACGGCACGCCGACGGUAGGCGGAACGGGGCGCCCGGGUAAGGUCCGGCCACAGGGGGAGGAGAGAGAAGUGUCCAUCAACAACGCGGCGCGGUUGAAGGUGGCCGGGGGCAUCGCCAAGGGUCGGCGAUUGGAAUCCCCGGACGUGUUUCUGCGCCCCAUGAUGGCCAAGGUUAAGGAGGCGUUGUUCAGCACCCUCAUGGGCUUCGGGGUGUUUGAGACCGAGGAUGCACGGUUCCUCGAUCUUUUUUCCGGGUCUGGUUCGGUGGGAAUUGAAGCACUCUCUAGAGGGGCCGGUCACGCCACGUUCGUCGACUUCGCGAAGGACUGUUGCGAUGUGUGUCUGCGCAACGCCAACCUGUGCGGCUUCUCCGAUCAGGUCAAGGCUGUCAAAGGAGAUGUUAUGGAUGUUUUGUAUAACCCUCGAAGGUACGGCCUAGAAACCCCGUUCGACGUGAUCACGGUCACACCGCCUUACGAGGAAGUCGUCUACGCCGAGCUCGUCAAGGCCCUCUCCGUCAGCGACCUCGUGGCGCAGGACACCCUGGUUGUGAUCGAGUACCCCGUCGAGCUCGGCUGCAUGCCUCACGCCAUCGGCGACGGCACCAUGGUCGGGCUGCGGAACCGGCGGUACGGGCGCACUGUGGUUGGGGUGUGGGUGUACCUUCCCUCCGGGCAGUUCGGCGACAUGCUGGACUCCCGCCCGGAGGAAUUUGUCAGCAUCAAGAAGAAGUAGAGAUGUAGACGGAUACUUCCAUGUGUCAGCGUCAACAAGGAAUGAGCAGGAAUUUCCGCACAUGCCAGCGUUCAUGAAGGAAGUCGAACCAACUUCAGGCCUCAACGUUGGUAUGAAUACAGAACACGUCACCCAAUUCGAAAGUGGGUAGGGGAGGAGGUGGAGGCCCUCACCAGCAAAUGACCACCCUGCGAGGUGUAGAUGCCACUGUUUGAUUGGCUCCAUACUAUCUGAGAAGAACGGAGAAGGCAAAACGGUGGAACACAUCCCCAAUCGCUGUCAAGACCCUCUCGGUUCUGUCCCCGAAUCUCACUCCUUGAUUUCCUCUGUGUUGUCCUGUGGGGUAUCGGACACCUCAACAACCGAGUUCCAGCAGGUUCAUGAAAAGGUUUGGAUUCAAGUUCUUCCGUGCGAAGCUGUUCGCGACUCUCCUCCCGUUGUUGACUACGAUGUUCGUCUUACGUGUUGGCGAGGCGCUGUACAGGAGGGCGUGUCAUGUGCGCGCCUCGUGACGAUAUUGACAACGAUUUAUUUCCGUGUUUCGCAUCAAGACUCGUGCUGGUGCCCAGAUAGUGCCCUACUGUUUCACUCCCUGUGUAGUGCCGUGUGUCCAAGGGUAGUGGAUGUCUUCGUGAAUCGGGGCCACCGUGUUUUGUUUUGCACUCCGCCUUGCCGGUACAACAAGCUACUUCCCAGGGCCGAGAGCGCGGCGUUUUGUUGAUGCUGACGUCAUUGACUUGCGCCUAUCCGUUCAUACCAAGUCGAUUUUCUAUGGGGUGUGUACGAGCAUUCCCAAAGGAGUAUCAACCCCGCAACCGCUGCCCCCAACACGCACCCGGAUAAAGUCGUGGAAACGCGCGGUAGCAAAACCAUGUUGACGCUUGAAACCAGUACGACGGGCGAAAAUGCAUCUCCAGCUUCGGUGGCCAGGCGACAGCCAGUGACGGUCGAUUUGUUUUCACCUAGUCCAAACGAUACCGCCCAAUGGAAUAACAGCUUCUCUGGGGAGAGCGCAGAGCGCCAGCCAUUGCCACUUAGCCCCGACGCUUUCUUCACUUCCCGGCAAUAACCAGCCUGGCCCGCCGCCUUGUGUGUGGCGAGUGAGCAACAAGAGAUCUCGCCGCUAGACAAUGUCCGGUCCUCGUCCUUCCAGAGUGGCGUCCUCUUUUUGCAGCAACGCUGACACUACCCACCAUCGCCAGCACCGCACAUCCGCGAGACCUGUGACCCGCACCGAG